UGGGGCCAUGUGUCCCUGGUAGGGUCUCCCAAGGUAAACCGGGCCAGACAAAGAGUGGUUCAGAAGAGGAACAACAAAAUUGGGGGCCACACCUUAGCUGGACAUGGGCAAGGUGAGCUUCUGGUGCUUUGAUAAAAAAAAUACAUUAAGAAUAUAGUUGCACUCACAGUGUGUUGACACGCCAUACUGUAUGAAUUAUAACUGUAGAAUAUAGGCACAUUUUAUCAGGUGAUGUAGGUUUGGAUUUUUUUUCUCCCUUAAAUUUAAUUUCAAAACUGCAUUUGGUGUUCAGUUGUGUUGAUCAGGUUUUCGAGAAGUCCAUCAUUAGUUUUUCAUAGAUUUUUAUUUGACAUUGACAUGACUUACUGUUUCCCUAAAAGGGGGCUGCAUGCAGUCAGAGCAAAAUGGCACCAGGAACCUGGGAUACCUCGGUCAUCUCAGAUUAACCCAGUCAUCAACUGUAUUUGUGAUUGUACGUAGUGUCCAGAAGGUGGUGCUGUGUUCAGGGAAACAACACUAUGCCUUGCUGCAGCAGAAGGAUGCUGCAGGCCAGCAAGACACAGUUCGCUUGGAGGAGCUCUGCCCUUUCCCUCUGGAUGCUCUACUGACGGAACUCAAGAAGUAUCCCAAUGUUAAAGGUUGGUUAUGUAUACAAGUUUAUUGUAACAAGAUUGGUUUUGCAAUCAGUUACCAGCCAUAAAAAACACACAUUAACUAAAAGCCAAAUAAUUUCCAUCCAUUCAUUUUCUAUGCCACUUAUCGUCACAAGGGUCGCGGAGCCUAUCCCAGCUGUCUUCGGACGAAAGGCGGGGUUUUAUUUUUUUGUUGUUGAAUUUUUGGUAAUGGUUUUAUUUGAUUUGAACAUGCAUCAGAUUACAAUCGAGUGCAUCCCAUAAUCAGUUCACAGUUCCACAUGUCCAAAAGGAGUAGGAAGAAGCAAAGCUUAUUAAAUCCUAGCCCUCCAUCUGGUAUUUUUACAAUCAGUAACUGUUACAUUUGUUCACUUCCUGCUUUCCAUACAGUUUAAGGUUUUUUUUUUUAAAUAAUGCACCUUGUACCGAAGUACAAGGUGAUAUGACCAUACAAUGACAUAAUGGGUACCAUAGUAACUGUCAAUAUAGUGAUAUAUAUAGCACAUCAUGACUGGUUCAAGACUGACUCUCGAGUUUUUGGUUUAGUAAUCAGACUUUAUGAAUGACAUUAAUUAAAAUAUAAAAUGUAGUAAUGAGGGUUGUCACAAGAUGCAUUACUCUUAAGAAAAGUACAGUACGGUAAUGUAUUGCAAUCUACUCAUUUAGUUUCUACUACAUUACAUUCCAUUAUACCUAACGAGGCUACACACUUCUGCUACACUCUUAAAAAUGCUGGGUUAUUUUAAGAGUGUACCGGCCCUGCCUGACAAAUGGGCCCAGUCCGUUCAUGCCGUUGUUCUGUGGACCUAAUACACCAAGGUGAUGAAACCAAUACACAGAGUGAACCCUCUUCCUGUCUAUUUUAGGAGGGAGAUGAAGAAAACCAACAAGCACAUGGUAAUACAGUAUAUUGAGGCCGGAAAAAAUUACCCAGUUCAUUUUAUGUAUUAAGAUAAGAUUAAGAUGUGCCUUUAUUUGUCCCUCAGUGGGGAAAUUUGCAUUGCACAUCAGCAAGACUACAGAAUCAGUUAAGCAGCACAAAAUACACAAUAUAGAAAAAUAAACAACCCAAGUAUUAACAAAAUCAACAGUUUUACCCAGAGUUCUAUACAAAUACAGUAUGCAGAUAAUAUGAAACGAGAUGAGAUAUAUGACCAGUCUAUACACUGAGAUCUUGUUAGAGAGUUAAUAUGAGGCAUUUUAGAAAUACUUCACAUAGAACUUAAUAUAUUACAUUUAGAGCCUUAAUAUUGCACGUGGAGGUUGUAUUGUGUGAUUAUUAUUAUUAUAUAUAUUUUUUUGUCCCAAGUCUUGUGCCCACGAGACUGAACAAAAAAAAUCUUGUGACACCCCCAGUAAUUUUGUUUGCAAGCAACCUUUAAGCAAUGGCAGGAAAUGCUGGGAGGAAACAAACCACAUAUACUACAGUAGCGUGUGGGUGUAAGCUGUUGAAACAUUAACUAGAUUUAAUAAAACUAUACCUUUCAUAAGGUAUUAAAUAUAUUAUCUCUAAUGCUUACAUAUUUAUAUAUGAAUAUAUAGAGGUAAGUUCAUGCUGCUAAACAAAGAACAAAAGUCCUUGCUGAUUGUAGUUUGACUUUGAGUAAGUACAAUUUUGAAAAAAAAAAAAACCUUGCAGAAUUCAUCUGGAGUCAGAAUGUCUUUUGUGGGUCCCUGGUUUCAGAAGCAGCUGGCCUGCCAUGUCAACCGCCCGCAUGACUCAUGUUUGUGGUAAACUGCAGACAUGAAAAGAAAUAAAUUCUAAAUUAUGUGGCCUUCAGCUGCACUUAGUGAGCUGACCUGCUCUGGGCAUUAGCACCCUCUCUCCAUCAUCAAGAGGUACUUGCUGUUCACGUCUUGUGUUUAAAAUGGUUACAAACUGCGAUCUGCAAUACCCAUGCCAAAAAAAAAAAAAUCCCGCCGCAAGGUAUGCUGGGCAGCUUGUUUUACUCUUUCUCACGGCAUUUUGCUGUGAUUGUCACAUUUUUGCUUAAUUACAAAAUAUGUUAAAGUGGGCAUGAGAGAAGUAAAUAAAGAGGAGUUAAUAUACUCUUGAUAUCCAAUGUUUUAUUUUUCACAGUUCAUGGCAUUUUGAAAUCACAGUUUUAAGUUAGGUGUAAUGUUUAGUGUUUUGUUGCGUAUCACCCACUUAGUAGUAGAUUUAUGCCAUGCGUGAACUUGCUGUGGAUGUGUUGUGUUUUCAUUUGUGCAAGGAUUUGUUGUUCAGUUUUUGUGAUGCUGUAGACUUAAGUGGCAGUUAUGAUUAAGGGCUAUGAAUUCUGCCUAGCAACAAGUAGCCGCAUUGAAACACCACCGUCAAAGUUGAAUUUUGAGCAUUUUGGUUUCAUUUUGAACUUUUUAAAAAAUGUAAAAAAAAAGGGGGGGGGGGGGGCAGGGAGGUGUCUUUAAGGAUGCACCUGCAGCGCCUGAGUCCCUAAGCCAAAAAGCUACGCCCCUGCUUGGUUGAUGUAUUCAUGAUACUUGACGCUUCCGACUGCCUUUGACCAGGACUUUGAUGGGGUCCACUAGACGGGGACUUCCAGUGAUUUGGUGCAAUGCGCGUGGCACACUUAUAUGAACCACGCUGACAUCCACGGACAACCCCUGGCUCCGUUCUUCCUCUUGUCUUUCUCCGUGGUGGUGGUGAGAGCCACAGGGCGUCACGGCGUCCUCCACAAGCCGAGCUUCCCUUAUCUCAUAACCGCCUGAAUCCCUCACUCGCCCGGGGCGGGGGAGGAGACACGCGACGAGAAAAAGGCAGGAGGGGGGGAGACGGUAGUGUUUCCCGGUCACGCAGAGCCGAACCACACGGAUUAGUCCACGAAGCUCUUCACAGCAUCACGGAACAUUUCAAUACUUUUCUGCCCGUUCCGUCAUUUUGUUUGUUAGCUUGUUCUCCAGCUAGCUUGGACACCCACUCUUCAUCCUCCUCCACCCUCCUCGUCCCCUCCCCGCGCGGCAAGACAUGGCGAAAGAGAACGGCGAGUCCGGCGAUGGGUCGUGGAAAAAACAAGUCGAUGACAUCAAGAGUGUUUUCGACUUUAAGGAAGUGCUGGGCACUGGUGCAUUCUCCGAGGUGGUGAUGGCUCGGGAGAAGGCCACGGGAAAGAUGGUCGCCAUCAAAUGCAUCCCCAAAAAGGCUCUAAAGGGGAAGGAGACCAGUCUGGAGAAUGAGAUUGCUGUUCUUAGGAAGAUAAAGCAUGAGAAUAUUGUUGCUCUGGAGGACAUUUAUGAGAGCUCCAACCACCUGUACCUCAUAAUGCAGCUGGUGUCUGGGGGUGAACUUUUUGACCGCAUUGUAGAGAAGGGCUUCUACACUGAGAUGGAUGCCAGUCGGCUCAUCCGGCAAGUUUUGGAUGCCGUCAACUACCUCCACUCCAUGGGUAUCGUGCACAGAGACCUGAAGCCAGAGAACCUUCUCUACUUUAGCCCGCACGACGAGUCAAAGAUCAUGAUCAGCGACUUCGGCCUGUCCAAGAUGGAGGGAACUGGUGACGUAAUGGCCACCGCCUGCGGGACUCCGGGAUACGUGGCACCUGAGGUGUUAGCGCAGAAGCCCUACAGUAAAGCUGUGGACUGCUGGUCUAUCGGGGUCAUUGCUUAUAUUCUGCUUUGUGGUUACCCUCCUUUCUACGACGAGAAUGAUUCCAAGCUCUUUGAGCAGAUCCUCAAGGCCGACUACGAGUUUGACGCACCCUACUGGGACGACAUAUCAGAUUCUGCCAAAGACUUUAUCAGCUGUCUCAUGGAGAAGGAUCCAGAAAAGAGGUUUACGUGCGACCAGGCUCUCGAGCACCCCUGGAUUGCAGGAGACACGGCUCUCUGCAAGAACAUUCACGAAUCCGUCAGUCGACAGAUGCGGAAAAACUUUGCCAAAAGCAAGUGGAGGCAAGCCUUUAACGCAACCGCUGUGAUCCGCCACAUGAGGCGCCUACAGCUGGGCACCAGCUUUGGGAGCAGUAUCCACAGCACCACCGCCUUGGCCGCGCCCAACCCUGCUGGCCGAGCACCAGCCAAAAGUCAGUCCGUGGACUGUGCGCCACUCGGCAUCGACAACUUUCCUCCAAUAUCCCCCCUGCCAUCCGCUGCUAAGGCCUUCAAUCAGGACACGUCCUCUGCCGUUCUGGAGGAAUCGCAGUUGGUGGCGGAACAGGCCAGGCCACGCCCCUCCACUGUUACGGUCAUCCACACUGGGACUAAAUGACGCCAGGUUCCGCGGGAGGUGAGCUGGGAGACCACAGAGCUUUAAGAUGGGGCACAAUCCCUGACAAGUGGUUACCCGGUUCGCCUAUCCCGCCGCCUCCCGUCGGUGUCUGCAAUUUGGGGGGAGAAGGAAUUUGAGAAGCCCCUCGCGCUUCCCAUCCACUGUCCUACAGACAUGGAAGAACAGAGGGGCGUAGACUACACUGAAUGUUGUUCCUGAAGCAGGAAGUGCAGGAAACGUCACACUUAAAAGGGAACUUUUUAUCCAAGCUGCUGUCGGCGUCGUCCAAUCUGAUGCUCCGAUGUAUGCCUUGUGUAAAUACUCCACCCGGAGUGGUGACUUGUUGUAAAAUCGCCUGCUUACGCCUCUAUCAUCUUCGCUUUUUGCUACGGUGGCUCACAGGGUCCCGACAUAUUUUUUUUUUUCUGUGUGCGCUUUGCUGUAAAAGUGAAACACAACCUCAACUGUGGGAUUAUUUAUUUUCCAACGGAAACACUACUGCAGCGAACGAUAAAGAGCGAAUCAAGUUUUAUUUUGAUGUAAAAGACUUUGAAGGCCAUGACUUCUCAGGGAUGUGCUUGAAGCAAACCAAACCCCAACCCUUGUACAACCUACACUGUGUAACUGCAUAUUACUCUAAUGUGCCAAUAGAUUUCACCAUGCUUUCUUUGUGUAAACAAACAAUGUUACUAUCUGUAUCUUGCUGUAACUUGUGCUGGAUAACUUGUUUCCCUUUAAAACUUGGAAUUAUAGUUGCAAAGUAUUUGAAUUGUGAAUACAUGUCUGCAAAAAACAAAGAAGAAGCGUUGAUUGUACAAGUCGUUCUCCGCUUCUGAUACUUGUUUGCUUUUGCCUUCAUACCGGCCUGUUGAAUUUAGCAGAAAGACUCGUUUUUUUUUUUCGUUUUUGUUUUUUCUCUCCAUCAUGAGAGUAAGAACUUAUGCUGGUGCGUUCACACUUGCCAUGUUUGGUUUGGGUAAAAGGAACUCUGGUAUGUUUGCUCUGCUGGGAUUAUGGUUUGUUUUGUCAAGUGGGAACGUGGUCAUCCACUAAGCAAGUGAGCCGUAACCACUUAAAAGACGGGUCUCGGUCCACUUGUAAGUUAACUGUGGUUCCGUUUGGUUCCCAUGUGCUCCAAUGCAAAUCAGAGGCUCUGACCAGUGUUAAAAAGAUACUAAAAAGACAAAUAUGUAACUGACAAUGUAUUGGAUGUGUUGUCUCCCUGUGUGUAUGUAACAAUGCUGCUGUUUAAAAGUCUAUUUUAGAAGUUUUUUUAUGAAAUUGAAGCGUGUACUGCUAGACUAUAAACCUACAUAUUCAACCCCGCAGAUGACAUUUUGCUAAAGUAAUAUGUCCACGGGCGGCACGGCGGUCUAGUGGUUAGCGUGCAGACCUCACAGCCAGGAGACCAGGGUUCAAUUCCACCCUCGGCCAUCUCUGUGUGGAGUUUGCAUGUUCUCCCCGUGCAUGCGUGGGUUUUCUCCGGGUACUCCGGUUUCCUCCCACAUUCCAAAAACAUGCUAGGUUAAUUGGUGACUCCAAAUUGUCCAUAGGUAUGAAUGUGAGUGUGAAUGGUUGUUUGUCUAUAUGUGCCCUGUGAUUGGCUGGCGACCAGUCCAGGGUGUACCCCGCCUCUCGCCCAUAGACAGCUGGGAUAGGCUCCAGCAUCCCCUGCGACUCUCGUGAGGAAAAAGCGGUAGAAAAUGAAUGAAUGAAUAUGAGUACCCAACCACAAGUGUGAACGCAGACUAAUAUUUUGAAAUUAAGUGUAGUUAUUUAUGGUACAAAACAGAUUAAUGAUGACUAAAUAAAUAAGACUGAGCCUGAGUUUGCUGUAAAUACAAAUCUGAAAAGUUUACUGGAGUCUUGAAUGCUUCUUUUUUAUCAAUGUUGUCGUCUUCCUUCACAAAGCACCAAAAUAUAGGACAAAACAGAAGUCCUCCUAAUGCAUGUGUUGCAUGUUGAUGCACAAAUGUUAUGUAUUAAAAAAAAAAGCUUGUUUGUA